AUGAAGAAAUUUAUAAUAAAUAUUUUUUUAACAUUUUACUCAAUUGUUUCGGCGUUUUCAACUGAGGAAAAUUCAUCCAAUGAUUUAGGAACUGUUGUAUUUGCCAACAUUCUGUUCAGACAUGGAGACAGAACACCUGUGGAACCUUAUCCGAAUGACCCUCAUCGCAAUGAAUCGGAAUGGCCUGUACCGUAUGGUCAAUUAACAACUACGGGAAUGCAUCAACAUUUAUUAUUAGGUCAAUGGCUACGAUCACGAUACGACAAGUUGAUACCAGAUCACUAUUCGUUGGAUGAUAUUUAUGUACGAAGUACGGAUGUUGAUCGGACGUUGAUGUCAGCAGAAUCAAACUUAGCUGGUUUGUAUCCACCUAAAGGCAAUCAAAGGUGGGACAAUAUGAGAUGGAUGCCGAUACCAGUGCAUACAAUACCCGAAACAAUGGAUUACGUGCUAGCUGGUAAAAAAAAAUGUCGUCGCUAUGAUGAUGAAACCCAAAAACUUUUGUCUUCCGAGCUAUUUGUCAAAAUAAAUCGUCAAAAUUCAAAACUGUACGACUAUUUAAGUCGUCAUGCGGGUAAAAAAAUCAAUUCUGUAACUGAAGUCGAAUACUUUUACAAUACAUUGUGUAUUGAGGAAUUAUACAACAAAACAUUGCCUGACUGGACAAAAGCAGUGUAUCCAGAUAAAUUGCGCCCGAUAGCCGAGUUCAGUUUUAAAGUACAAGCUUAUAAUAAAAUAUUGCAGCGACUUAAAAUAGGUUCACUCUUAGGGGAAAUGAUCGAUCACAUGGUAGCGAAAUCCGAAAAUAAAUUAUCCCCUAAUCGUAAAUUGUGGAUUUACAGUGGUCAUGAUGAAACGGUUGCUAAUUUAUUGAUGGCGUUAGACUUAUUUUACCCACAUUGUCCUCCUUAUACAGCAACCAUUCUUAUUGAGUUGAGAACUAAUUUAGCUAAUGAAUUUUUCGUAACAGUUUCGUACAAAAAUACCAGUGGAGAACCGAGUUUAUUGACGGUACCGGGCUGCAAACCACUGUGCCCACUUGAAGACUUUAUUAGAUUGACUGAAGAUGUGAUACCAAAUGAUUUUGAGAGAGAAUGUCUGAGCGACUCAACAGAUAAUCAAAAUAUUUCGAUUGAUAAUCAAAACAAUUGCUACAAUAAUGAUGAUGAUAAUAGCAAUAGCAUAAAUUUUUCGAUGAUCCUUGGAGUAUUAAUAUCGACAAUAAUAAUGAUUAUCAUGAUGAUCGUGCUAAUAUUAUUUUUUUAUUGGCAUUAUAAACAGAACUUGUCCAGAUAA